AUGUCUCGUUCUAAUUGUGCUUCUGAUUUAAACAACUUUUUGGAUUCAGAAUUCAAAGAUGUAAAUUAUUUAGAAAUUUUAAAAGAUCUUACUGAUGCGGAUGUUGCUAGUGUUUUUGAAAUUUGUGACAUGGAACUAGAUGAGGAGUGUACGUCUAGAAAUAUGGUAUCUUCUACAAGUGUUAAGAGGAAAUUAGAUGACAAUUUUGACGUGCCGGACAAGAAAUUAAAAUUAGAAGAAAAUAGUGAAGUUGGAAAACUACCUGCUAAAAGUUUAAUUAUUCUUGAUGCAGAAGAAAACAGUGAGGCUGCAAAUGUGCCUGUAAAGGAUUUAAAUAACAUUAUUGAGAUAGUGGAAAAUACUGAAGUUGAAAUUGUUCUUGGAAAAAAUUUAAAAAACAGUGUUGACUCAGAAGAAAAUAGUGAAGCUGAAAAUGUACCUACUACACAUUUAGAGGCUAAUGUUGUGAAUGUAGCUGUUGUAAGUGUAGAGGAACAGAUUGAUUCGGAUAGUGUGUCUGUGGAAAUUUUAAGCGAUGACAAUGAUGUCACAAAAGAGGAGGACAAUAUUAACAUUGAAUAUAUACCUCCUGUUAAGAUCGAAAAUUAUGUUAUGACCAAUAAAUUGAAAUUGGGAAGCAUUUGGUUUUCAUUAUUCAAUUCAAAGGAUUCUUGUAAUUCUAUGGCUGUUUUUGAAGGACUGAUUCUACCACUGAAGGAGUUUGACAUUUGGAAUCCAAGAGAGGGAUGUUCCGCUCCGUUUGUCGUUUUUCAUGAUGGAAAACAUUAUAUAGGAAGAGACUGGUGGACUUUACUACCUUGUGCUGAUUUAAUAAAAUUUGCCAUAAUGCUACAGAUAAAUGUUCAUGGACCUGAUGGCAUAUUUUAUUUGGAGGGAAGAUAUUUCAUUUUUGAGUCCAACAGGAUUAAAAUUGUUGAUAAAGAACUUAUAUCCUGGGAGGGAAAUAAAAGAAUUCUUAACAAGUUGCCGACAAUUGAAUACGAAGGUGUAACAAUCAUUUUGCCUGCUGAGUUUGCUGCGAAAAAGAAUUCGAUUAUUAACGAUCAUAAAUCUUUGUUGGACAAAUGUUUUGAUACUGGAGAAACCUUUGUUUUAUAUAACCGAAAAGUUAAAUUUGUUGGUGACUCAAUGAUUCGAGUGUGCGAAUAUGAUCAAUGGUUUAAUGAGCAAUUUCAGCCGUUAGGUUAUAAGCAGAAGAGAACUUCGUUGAAAACUUUUCGUAUGCGCAUGGAACUUCCUAUGGAGUGGAAACUGAAUUUUUAUUGUUCAAUAGAUGAAGGAUUUUCUAGUCUAAAAAGGCACGUGUUGGAAUCGACAGAUCCUUUGGGGACUCCCUUCUUUGCUGGAGGUGUGAAAUGGAUGAUAAAUGGUCAUCAGGUGAAUCGUGUAAGUGUGUAAAAUUUAUUUUCUUAUUUAUUAUUUGCAUUUAACUAAAAAAAAAACU